AUGGUUCCAUCCCUUGCUUCUGUUGUGAGGAUAUGGAAUCCAUCCCUCACCUUUUCCUCCUCGGCCCAGUUGCCUCAGCAGUAUGGGCCAAUUUCUACUCUCUCGCCGUUAUCCCCCAAAUAUCCUCUGACAGCAUUCAAACCACUCUCUCCCACUGGUUCAGUUUUGGGACUGGCAAGUCCCAUCUAUUCCACCUCAUUCCCAUUCUUAUCCUUUGGUACCUCUGGUGUUCCCGCUAUGACAAAAGAGUUAAACAAAUCCCCUUCACUGCUCAACGCGUCUGCGAUCGACUUCACCCACAUCUACCGUGAGGGUAAUAGUGCCGCCGACUACCUCGCAGGUUUCGCCUGCCGAGCCCGAGACUUUGUGCUAUAUGAUGUCGCAGACUUACCUGGACCCCUUAGGGGCAUCAUCAGGAUGGAUUUAGAGUAUCCCAGCAUCAGACAUCCUCAUGACGACAUCAGACCACAGGGCUGA